UGGGGCGGAGGCUGGCUACAGUUCGAUGAGGGACUGCCUUUGGGUCGGGAUGCGCCGGACCCCACCGCAGCCCUAAGGGUGGUAUCUCCCUGCUGAAGAGUACGGGCGGUAGCUCCGGCCGGGCUCCUUUAUCGGUGUCUCGUGGGCGCGGAGCUACCUUUGAGCUGGCCCGGAUCGGAGCCCUUCACUAGUGCGGGUACCUCACUGACCCCCUGGAGGCGGUCAGGUCCCGUACUGGCCCUACUGCGGCGCGGAGUGAGUGCGGUCCCCGGCGGGCUCCAGGCGGCACGCGCCCCUCCCGGUGGGUUUGAGAGCUGCUCACCGACUACCGAGUGUUCUGCCCCAAAAUGAAAUCCGUGCAGGCGGAAGCCUCCGUAAGUGCCGCGCGUCCUCGAACACGACUGCGCCCGCACCUGGAGCGCGCGUUCGCAGCCACCUGCGAGGUGAGUUUUUUGCAGGCGCACUAACCACCCGGCAAAGGGAAGCGCGGUCUCUCCCCCGCCCCAACGCCGGGCGGGGUCCGGAGUGGGAAACGGACACCCCGUGGCGUAAGUACGCCCACCCCAAACAGGGGCGGUCAGGGGACUCGGGCACCUUCUGGCCCCGGUGACCAUGGCGGCGCCCAGGGACCCGAGGCGGCUCUUCAGGCUGGUGCAAGAAGGUCAGCUGUGCGUCCUGCGAGAGGAGCUGCAGAGAGGAGGGGGCGCCGGCUGCCCGGGGCCUAUGGGCGACACCCUGCUGCACUGCGCCGCCCGCCACGGGCGUCGGGACAUACUUGCUUGUCUGGCUGAGGACUGGGAUAUGGACAUCGAGGCCGCCAACCGAGACUACAAGCGGCCUCUGCACGAAGCUGCCUCCAUGGGCCACCAGGAUUGCGUGCAGUACCUGCUGUGCCGAGGAGCCACGGUCGACUGUCUGAAGAGGGGUGACUGGACUCCUCUGAUGAUGGCUUGCACAAGGAAGAAUCUUGAAGUGAUCCAGGACCUUGUGGAACAUGGCGCAGAUCCACUUCUGAAGAACAAAGAUGGCUGGAACAGCUUCCACAUCGCCUGCCGAGAAGGUGACCCUCAGAUCAUCCAGUACUUGCUCACUGUUUCCCCAGAUUCCUGGAAGACCGAGAGCAAAAUUGGCAGAACUCCUCUGCACACAGCAGCAAUGCAUGGCUGUUUAGAGGCAGUAAAGGUGCUUCUUCAGAGGUGUCAGUAUGAACCGGACUGCAGAGACAAGUGUGGCCUCACACCCUUUAUGGAUGCAGUUCAGUGCGGGCACAUCAACACAGCCAGGCUGCUCCUUGAAAGACAUAAGGCUUGCAUUUCUGCUGAGGAUUCCCUGGGGGCCCAGGCUAUACACAGGGCAGCAGUCACUGGGCAGAGUGAAGCCAUCCAGUUUUUGGUCUCUGAACUUGGCAUUGAUGUAGACAUGAGAGCAACAUCGACCCACCUCACAGCACUUCAUUACGCAGCUAAGGAAGGACAUGUGAGCACAGUUCAGAUGCUCAUAUCCCUGGGUGCUGACAUCAACUCUAAAGAUGAAAGAAAUCGAUCAGCCCUGCACCUGGCCUGCGCGGGUCAGCACGAGGCCUGCAUCGAGUUUCUUCUGCGGUCUGGGCUGAGGGACUCUCCAGACCUCACGGGCACCCUGGCGCAGCAGCUCACACGGAGUGCAGACAUCCUUCAGCGCUUUAGCCACAGUACGACAGCAUGAAGGUGUUUCUAAACAAAGGCAUAAAACUCAUGGUAACUUAAAUGCUGCAGCUAGUCAACCAGGUUCAAUGAAGUCUUCGUAUAGCCUCCUGCACUCUCCACUGCAUCUGAGAUUCACAGAAGAUGUGGACACUGGCUUCCUAGCUGGAGGGCAGGCACACUCAGAAUCUCCCCUUACCCGCAUUUCAUCGUGGCCUUCAAGGAGACUUGGUAUUUGUGAAGUCAGUGUCUGGGCUCCUUAGAGAAGCAUGUAAUGUGUGUGAAUAUAAUACCUAUAUAUGUAUACUGUAUUAUAUUGUAUAUAUAUAUGUGUAUAUGUGAAAUGUUUUAUAGUAAAUAUUAUAUGG